GAGGCGGCUCGGGACGGGUGAGGAGAGCGGCGGCGCGUGGUUGCGACGGAAGCUCUGGGCGCCGGGAGGGGGGGCACCGCGUCGCUCACUUCUGUCUGCCGAGAUGGCCGGGGCCGGGCGGCAGCGGGCUGUGGCGAGACCUGACCGGAGCGCGGUGGUCACAGGGGACGUCGCCUUGUGGGGUUGGCGCCCGCGGCUGUAGAGGUGGCGCCCCGCGCUGAGGCGCCCUGGGUCGCUGGCUUCCCUCCUCCACCUCGCUCCGUUAAACACGCUCUUUCCCAAAGGCCAAGGGCGCCGCGUUCUCUCGGGUGUGGGGGGACAACAACACGGCUCUCCCUGUACGACCGCUGGUAACGCGCGGGGAGGCCUUCCCCCCGAGCGCUCCUCGGGGCUGAGCUGGCGAGCGGCGGCUGUGCCUCCCCCGGGGCGGGCGUGCGGAACGGGCCGCGGAGGGGCGAGGGAGUUCCGGGAAAACAGCCUCCGCUGAGACCUGACUGUUUCCGAGUUUCCCCUCGCGGCUGGGAAGAGCGGGGGCUCUUCCCCAAGUGCAUGUUCCGGCCGCAGCUGCUCCGGAGCGGUGGUUGCGGUACCUCAGCUGGAGGUGCUGCUGCCGGCCUUCGGCUCCAGCUAUAAUCCUCUGGUAAUCAUGGAGCCAUAUUUUGCUGGUUUUAAGCACGUGCAGCAGGACUAUGAAGUUACUCUUGAACUCACAAGUGAGGAGACUCAAAAAACCAGAAAUGCACAAAAUUCUAGGACGGGGUCUUAUGGUGUCAGUAUUAGAGUCCAAGGAAUUGAUGGACAUCCUUACAUAGUACUAAACAAUACAGAAGGAUGUUUGUCAGAAAAUCCUUCUCCUGGAAAAGAACAGGAGGUCAUUUCUCAGACUGCAAGCAAGCCAGCCACGGAGUUCAAUACUGCUUUUAGGUUGGAGGACAAAAACAGUGAACACGCUAUGUUUCCUGGAACACAGCAAAUGCAACCCUGUGUGCUUAAAAGCCUAAAGAUCACCAAUCUGGAUGAAAAGGAAAACGGAAUAUCAGAAUUUAAAGGUGGAACAACGAAAUCCUCAAAUUUGUUGAACUUUCAAAGACAUCCUGAACUUUUACAGCCUUAUGAUCCUGAAAAAAAUAACCUGGACUUGGAUAAUUGCCAGUCUUCUGUGUGCAGUAAAUCUAAAUCUUUUGCAGAUGAAAAAACUGAAGCAAAGCCUUGGAUUUCCUCAUCUAAAGUGGUGUCCCUACAGAAGGCAAAUGCAUAUCUUGCAGAGCCGCCCAAAGCAAAUUCAAAAAAUAUACAUUUAAGCAGGUCAGUAGAAACAGAAGAUGAAAAUAAGCAGCUGUUGGAUUGUCCCAGUAGCACCAUCAGCCCCAACGAAGUAUGUGUUUCAGAGUCAUUUUCAUCUGCAGGAGGAUCCCCAUGUGUUAGUCCCACUGCUUAUCCAGAGAAAAGAAAACCUAGACCAGAUGUUCUUCCUUUCCGCAGACAAGAUUCAGCUGGGCCAGUAUUGGAUGACUCACGAAGAUCAUCGUCCUCAUCAGCCACUCCCACUUCUGCAAAUUCCUUAUACAGAUUUUUACUUGAUGACCAAGAGUAUGCCAUCUAUGCAGACAAUGUUAAUCGGCAUGAAAACAGAAGAUAUAUCCCAUUUUUGCCUGGAACUGGUCGUGAUAUUGAUACUGGUUCACUUCCAGGAGUAGAUCAGCUGAUUGAAAAGUUUGAUAGGAAAGUGGAUCCUCACAGAAGAGGUAGGUCAGGAAAAAGGAAUAGAAUUCAUCCAGAUGAUCGUAAAAGAUCAAGAAGCGUUGAUAGUGCCUUGUCAUUAGGGCCUGAUGUAAAUUCAGAUUAUUUAGGUGAAUUCAGUAGAAGCUUGGGUAAGUCAACUGAGCACUUACUGGGACCAUCUAAAGUUUGCCUUCACAAGCAGUUAUCCAGAGAUGAAAAGUCGCCUUCCAAAGAGAUGAAGGUUUCUGCUCGAAGUAUUGGAAAACUGCAAAUGCCUGAUAAAGGCACUCAGAAUAGCAGUUUCAAUUCUUUGCAACACCAUAAACAAAAUGGAGCUGAUACUGAGAGCUUGAUGUUCAGGUCGUCCACACUCCCAGGACAGAAUAAAGGAGAGGAAGUUAGAACAGUAACUUCUACUUUAUUGUUGCCAAACCGAAUCACAAUUCCACCUGAUUCAGGAGCCAAGAAGAUCUCUGUAAAAACAUUUUCAUCUGUCCCUAAUAUACAGGCAACUCCUGAUCUCUUAAAAGGCCAGCAAGAUCUUGCACAGCAAACGAAUGAAGAGACUGCUAAACAGAUACUUUACAAUUACCUUAAGGAAGGAAGUGCCGAUAAUGAUGAUGCGACAAAGAGGAAAGUCAACUUGGUUUUUGAGAAAAUUCAGACUUUAAAGUCAAGAGCUGCUGGAAAGACACAGGUUUCGGAUUCUUCAGCUGAAGUAAAAGCAUUGGUGGAACAAAAAGCAGAACUUGAAAGGAAAGUGGAAGAAUUAGAAAAAAAAUUGGAUCUAGAAAUUAGGAAUCAGCAGAAUUCCAAAGAAGAGAGAAAUGCCACACAAGCAAGUCUGAAAGAUCUUCAGCUGCGACUUGAUGAAAGUGUGUGUGAAAAAGAAGCCUUAAAAAAGCAGCUGGAAGAAAGCGAGAAGGAACUCAGGCAGAACCUAGAGGAGCUUUUUCAAGUGAAGAUGGAGCAGGAACAACACCAGACUGAGAUCAGAGAUCUUCAAGAUCAGCUCUCCGAGAUGCAUGAUGAACUGGAUAACGCAAAACAUACUGAUGAAGGGGAGAAAGAGGUUCUGAUUGAGGAGCUGAUACAAAUGAAGCAGGAUCUGGAAGAAGUAUUAAUAGCAAAAGAUCAACAAGAAGAGAUUUUGAGAAAGAGAGAGAGAGAGCUUACAGCUUUAAAAGGAGCAUUAAAAGAAGAAGUAUCUAGCCAUGACAUGGAGAUGGAUAAACUUAAAGAACAACAUGAUAAAGAAUUGCUCAAUUUACAGCAGAGCCUGGAGAAAGCAACCAAGAGUGCUGCUGUCCUUGCCAAUGAAAGAAAUGCUGCACAAGAGGCACGAAAUAGUAUAGAAAAUCAAGUCAAAGAGCUGAGUGAGGAAAAUGAAAAGUUGAAGAGAACAGUUGAUGAGCUAGAGAUUAAAACUGAAGAGUUGCACAAUCAAAUUGACAGUAUGAAAGGAGAAGAAAAUUUAGUGAAGGAAAAACUAAAGAGAUAUGAGGAAGAGAAGCAACAAUUAGAAGAAACUUUGAAACAUGCUGAAACAGAGGCAAAGGAAUUGGUAGUGUUAAAAAGGUCUUUGGAAAGCCAACUAGAAGCUAUGCAGGAGAACAUCCAUUGUAUUUCGCAGGAACGGCAACAGUUAACUCAGCAGUUAAAAGAUGAAACUCACCAGAAGGAACAGUUAAAGCAGAUAAAGAGUGAAAUGGAAAAUGAACAAUGGCAACUGAACAAGACUGUUGAAAAGUUACAGGAGGAGAUGUCUGAAAUGGUAGAGCUCUCGAGAACAUCAACUCUGGAGCUUCAGAACCAGCUUGAUGAAUACAAGGAGAAAAAUCGCAGGGAACUUGCAGAUGUGCAGAGACAAUUAAAAGAGAAAAACCUUGAGGUAGAAAAAUCACGCCUGACAACUAUGAGAAUGCAAGAUGAGAUGCGUCUUAUGGAAGAAAACUUGAGGGACCACCAGAGAGCUCAGGCUGAGGCAAUAACAAAAACUCAGUUGCUAGAACAGACUGUGAAAAGCUUGGAGUAUGAACUGGAAGCCAAAACCCACUUAAAAGAUGAUCGGGCAAGACAAAUCAAACUAAUGGAGGACAAGUUAUCUCACCUGGAACUUGAGCUUGAUGAAGAAAAGACUAAUUCGGAUUUGUUGUCCGAGAGGAUCAGUAGAUGCAGAGAACAGAUUGAACAAAUGAGGACAGAGCUGCUUCAGGAAAGAGCUAUAAAGCAAGAUUUGGAGUGUGACAAAAUUUCAUUGGAAAGACAGAACAAAGACUUGAAGAGCCGAAUCCUCCACCUGGAGGGUUCUUACCGAUCCAGUAAAGAGGGACUUGUUGCUCAAAUGGAAGCAAGGAUCACAGAGCUAGAAGAACGACUUGAAAAUGAAGAGAGGGAUAGAGCUAAUUUCCAACUAAGUAACCGCAGACUUGAGAGAAAAGUAAAGGAGUUAAUGUUGCAAGUAGAUGAUGAACAUCUCUCGCUGACUGAUCAAAAGGACCAGUUGAGUUUGCGUUUGAAAGCAAUGAAACGCCAAGUUGAAGAAGCUGAAGAAGAAAUAGACAGACUAGAAAGUGCUAAAAAGAAACUCCAGAGAGAACUGGAAGAGCAAGUAGACAUAAAUGAACAAUUGCAAGGACAGCUUAACGCUGCAAAGAAGGAAGUAAGUAGACUGAAGAAGUCACCAAGUAAAGUGUUGGCUGAUUCUGAUGACGAUGAAGAUGAUGAUUUCAGUACGGAUGGUGAAAGUCUCUGUGAAGUACCUUCAGGAAAUAACUUUUCAAAAGAUGAUGAUACAAAAAUCUAAAUAAGUAUUGAUGUGAAACCUUGAAAGUACUGGAAGAAUAACAUGAAUUAUCAAGAAACUUGGAUAUUCUACAAGCCAAAUGACAUAAAGGGAUUUAAGUGUUGGGAAUGUAAUGUUUCCUUCCAUACUGUGCCAUUUUCUCACUUAGAUCUCCACUAUUUAUUAUGGAAAACAGGAUUGCAUUAUGAAACAGGUAUAAAAGAGAGAGAAAUAACUGCUACUGAAAACAUGGGAUGUUUCACAUUGGAAAUGUGAUUUUGCUAAAAUUCUGCUUAAGUAAAAAGCCAUUUGAAAGUAAUUCAAAAUUAUAGUUUGUAGUUAUUAAAAGAUUUUCCUUAAAAUUAAGGAAACCACAAAGGAUUAUUUAAUAAUUGUAAGUAGGGGGAAAUGAUGUAUAAAAUGUAAAUAUUUUGAACCUAAUCUUUUUAUUGACUAGUACUAUUUUGUAAAGUUUCAAAUGUUAUAUAAAUCAGUUUCAUAUGUAAAGUACUUAAAUUUAUACUGAAUGCUGUAUUUGGAUUUUAACUACAAAGAAAACGAAUGAAAAUGAAUACAUUUUGUACAUUACAGAGCCGAUUCACAGUUCCUGAGCCAGGAAGUACAUUUGCAUUUUUAAACCAAUGCAAGCUUUAUUGUAUGUAUUCUGUAUAUUAGAGAUCAAAUGUUAAUCCUGCCUGUGGACUUUAAAAGGACCAUCACAUCUGCAUGAUGAGUGUGGCUUGCCUACAGCUUUCUUGUAAACUUUGUUUGGGAAGCUUUCUGAUCUUAGUAGGGAAGAGUGAGAAUGAGGUCAGUUAUUACUUGGCAUCUUUCAUUUCCUGAAAUGGACUCUAUACUGCCAGAGGCAGAACAUUAUAGUCCUGCUGAUUUGAGGGCAUCAGGACAGGCUUAUCGGAAAGUCUCUGACAAGACCCACUUAUUCUGGUAAAAUUACUUGUGGUCUUUGCAUUAAGUAUAUGCUUAAAUCUGUUCAUUAAUUGAUCCCAAAAAUUUAUGCAGCUGGCAAGAUAUUGCACCAAGCAAACACAAAGCAUGUAAUCCAAUUUUUCUUUCUAAACUGUUCUUGAGCAUCUAUUUGUGAUAUAUUGCAAUGUAUGGUCAUAGAUGUAGAUAUAUAUUAGUAUUUCAGUUUACGAAAGUAUCUGCAUUUCAGGUGAUCCAUCUGUUCAAAAAAACUUUGAGGGAAACUACAAAAAAAAGCAUUGCAGAUUUUAUUUCAAAAGCAUUUUCAAUUUUAUUGUUGUAAAUACUUUUUUUGCUAUUUACAUUACACCAGACUGGUUUUGCUCCUUUGCAAAUACAGAGUUCUAAGGAAAAGGCACUACUAUGCAAUUUUGUUAAGAAACCAUAGCUAAGUCUGAUUGAUUAUUAGUAUUUGUCCCCAGUUACAGGUUAGUGAGCACUUCUUCAUUGAAUGGAGCAAAUAAUUGUGUAAUGUAAGUGUAAAAAAUAGUUCAAGCUGAAGUUGCUGGGAGCUUCCAUUACUGCCACAAAGGCAUCUACUAAAAAGGACGAAUUUAACAACUCUGAAAGUGAGGCUGAUAUACUUGGUUACGGCGAAAGUCCUGACAAUGGCAGCAUCCGUUUUCAUACAGUUAUAUGAAAUGAAACUCCUGCCUGCAGGAUCAGAAAUAUUAUUAAUGCAUAGCAGAUUACAGACUCUUUUGCCCUGUAAUUCCCUUCAACUUGAUGGUUUGAGAUACAUGAGAAAUAAUAUGAAUGGCAUAGUUGUAAUACUCAGAAUCUUGUAUAUCUUUUCAAGUAGUAUACAUAUUUUUUUGCAGUACUUGCAUUACUAUUUUGACAGCACAGAAACAGACUUUCCUCCAAGAUCUGUACUGUACUGUACCGACAAUCAUCAUAUAACCUGCUGUGAUUUAUUUUUUGUUGUUUUAUUUGCAUGUUUAUGUAGGCUUAACUUUUAACCACUGAUUCCAGUAUUAGUACUCUGUCCUAAUGUUCACAGACAACUAUUAUUUCAAAUCACUGGAAGAAAAUCCCUAAAUAUUACAUCUACCUCCAGUUACAGUAAACUGUAAAAGAAAAAUUCACUGAAAAUAAACAGUCAGGUCUUUCACUUCUACUUUGUAUGUGCAUGACUGAAUAUGCACAAUAUGACAAUUGAAUUUCUUAUGGAUGAUACAUGUGUUUAAAAUAUAACAAGAAAAUAAUUAUCUAGGAGAUACUGAUGCUGUAAACAAGUUUCUGCAUUUUCUUCUUAUUUGGAUAGCUAUUUUCUAACUAGUAAAGCAGGCAGCAGGUGUAAUAUCUAGAAGACUCCUUUUCUCAUUUGAACUUUCACUAUACAUUUGAAAGAGGGAGAUGCAGCUUUGCAGCCUCCUGGUGGGAGAUAUCCUGCUUAUUAGACCUCCCCCUCUCUGUCUCCAUAAAACGAACUGGUCUUUAGUUUGUUCAUUUAUACUUGGAACUGGCAUUUCCUCUUUUAGAGUUCUCAAACAAUAUGAUUAAAAUCAAACAAAAUCUUAAGAUAUUGAAAAGGGUAUUUCAGCUCAUUCACAAAACAAUUGGUAGUUCAGUUUCCCGGUACAUGCUAGCUAUGGUAAGGGUAGGGUCUAGAUCUUGAUUGCCACAAAAACCCCACUGAUAAUAGUUUAAGGAUGUCUGAUUUGUUCACUCCAUCUCAUGGCAGUUUUUCAUCAAAACUCAGUUUAAGGUUUACUUUAGAAAAAUGUUCCCAAUAUUUCCAUGUAAUCUAUUUGUAAAUUAAUUUCAGAAGAAGUUCUUGACCCAGAACAGGAAGCAAGAGGGAGAAUAUGUGAAGAAACAUGAUUGUGAGACA